UAAAAAUGAUUUUUGUUUCGAAUUGAUCAGUAGAUAUUUUUCUUUCGUUUCCUUCUCGUUUUCAAGUACUAGUUAAAUAUAUGAAAUGAACACAUGCGCAUUUGUAUCUAAACAAAGCCCCGUUCCUACGUUCACUUUAACUUAUCAUAAACGCAAAGCGUGUAAUAUUCAUCCAUUUUUUGAAGGUAGCCGACUUGGUAACCAACUCAGAUGGUAACCAACUCAGAUGGUUACCAACUCAGAUGGUUACCAACUCAGAUAGUUACCAACUCACAUGGCUACCAACUCAUAGAGCUACCAUCUGACUUGGUAGUCAAUUCAACCGACUUGGAAGCCAUCUCACGUGGUUCUAACUGACUUAGUAUCAUGGAAUAAUUAUCUAAAAUAUAAUUAUUGUCUAUGUGACCGAUUAAAUUCAACUUUUUUUUUUUUCGGUGAUAAAUUCAUUCGGCGAAAAUGGAAUCGGCGAACUUCAUUUUCGGCGAAUUUGUUUUAGGAGAAAUUUGUCUUCGGCGAAAAUAGACUAAAUCCCAGAAUGAUAUAAGCUUUAUUAUUACUGACACACCUUUUCCUAUUGCUAUGGAAACAUAUCCAAUGGUUUAUGGCUUCUCUACUUUCACUCUUGAUUAUUAGAGCCUGAGGAGGGAAAGAGCCACAAAACUUCCUAUUUAAAGUUAUACUCAUUAUUUUCUUCGAAAAUAGAUGUGAGUUCCAUAAAAUUCCUAUCAAAGCUUUGGGUAAUUUCUUAGUAAUCAUCUCAAUUGUAAAUAUUAUUGGAACGAACUCUAGAUAUUUCUAUUUACUUUCAUUUAGUUCAUUGUCUUAAUCCAGUCUUUCGUUGUUUAAAUGAAGCUUGUUCUCAAUUAUUUGAUAAACCUGUUGAUUAUAUUCUUCAUGCUCGUAUUCAUAGUCAAAAACGACAUAAGGGUUCUCGACGUUCAUCUCGUAGUACUGCUUAUCAUCGUCAUCAUAAACGUACAUAUCGUUGUAGAAUAUGUAAAAAAUCUUUUCAAACAUCUGAACAAUUACAAUAUCAUAUGCAUUAUGAAACACAUAAAUUUCUUUGUGAAUUAUGUCCAGCUGAAUUUGAAUCUAAUAAUUCAUAUCAUAAUCAUAUAGCAAAACAUUCCGAUGCUGCACUUUAUCGUUGUACAAUAUGUAUUGAAUCAUUUCAAAAACGAAAUGAUUUAUCACGACAUGUUAUAACACAACAUAAUGAAGAUUUACCAAAUCAAAAAAGUUGUUCAACUUGUAAUUUAACAUUUAAAACAACAUUUCAUUUAAAUCGACAUAAUGUUACAAAACAUUCAAAUAUAAAACCAUUUAAAUGUGAACAAGAUGGUUGUGAACAAGCAUUUGCUCGAAAAGAUAAAUUAAAACAACAUGCAGCUAAACAUACAGCAUCUGGUGGAUUAUUUAAAUGUCAUGCAUGUAUUAAAACAUUUGUUCGACCAGAACAUUUACGUGAUCAUGAUAUUGUACGACAUUCACAUCAAUAUCCAUUUUGUUGUGAAGUGUGCCGAAAAGGUUUUCUUCAUAAAAAUCAACUGUAUGCUCAUCAUAAACAACAUCAUUCAAUAGAAAAUCAAAUAAUGAAUGAAGAUAUAAAAUUCUAUACAUUCGAACAAAUUCAACAAAAUCAAGACUUUAGUAAUUAUUCAACGGAUUUAUUCUUAGAACCACAAUGA